GCUGCCAACCACUACCGGAAGUGACAUGUGCAGCGCCGGAAGUGACGAUAGUUUUCCCCUUCCGCUCCCGUAACCUCGUCUCCUCCGAAUCCUGGAGCUCUGAGAGGAAAAUGGCCGCUGUGGAGUCGGAGCUGCGCGAUCCAGACAUGGAGGAAGCCGACGCAUCUGAAAAAAGUGGCAUUGAAGAAAAUGGCGAGGUUUCAGAAGAUGGUCAACCUCAGAGCAAGCACAGUAAACAUAAGAAAAAGAAGCAUAAGCAUCGCAGCAAGCACAAAAAACACAAACAUUCUUCUGAAGAAGACAAGGACAAAAAACAUAAACAUAAACACAAGCAUAAGAAGCACAAGCGGAAAGAAAUAAUAGAUACUGACAAAGAUGAUAAUUCACCAUCAAAGAGAGCAAAGCUGGAUGACUUUGCUUUAUUGGAAGACUUGGAAAAGAAAAGGGCUAUGAUAAAAGCAGAGCUUGAGAAUGAAUUAAUGGAGGGUAAAGUGCAUUCUGGCAUGGGUUUAAUAUUGCAGGGUUACAAUUCUGGUUCUGAAGAGGAAGGAGAGAUCAAUGACAAGAUUCGAAAUGGAAAAAGGGCAUCAAUAAAAUCAAAUGCGAAGGGGAAGCAGCAUCCGAAUUCAAAAACAGUUUCUAAGAGAACUAGGAGUAAGUCCAAAGAAAAGACUAAACACAAGUCAGAAAAGAAAAAAACUAAAGUCAACUCUGAAACUCCUAAAGAAAAAGUACCAAGAAGUAAGUCAAAGGAGAGAAGGAAAUCUAAAAGUCCUUCUAAAAGAAACAAAUCCCAAGAUCAAGUGAAAAAGUCUCCACCAUUGCGCAGACAGUCCCCAGAAAAAAACAGGAAAUCUCAAUCUCCCUUAGAAGAUAGAAUAAGGUUAAGGGACCAGAAGAAAUCUCCUAUAGCUAGCGAGAGCAAGACUAGAGAUCGUAGUAGGAAGUCCAAAUCCCCUGUACCCAGAAGAAGCAAAUCGAAGGAAAGGAGAUCAAGAUCAGUGGAACGUAAACUAAGGAGAUCUGAUAUAGACAGGGACAAAAAACCUGUCAAGUCUCCUUCAAAAGAUGCUUCUUCAGGCAAAGAGAACCGCUCACCAGGCCGCCGGCCAGCCCGCAGCCCAAAAGCAAGAAGUCUUAGUCCUAAACAACGUGAUAGGAUGGUAAGGCAUAGUCGAUCUCCAUUUACACAUGAGAAAAAGUCUAAACAAUCCCCUGCUCGAACACAGUCCCCAACAAGAAGAGCAAAAAGUAAAUCUAUAGAAAGGAAACGACGUGAACCAGAGAGGAGAAGAUUGUCUUCUCCCAGAGCGAGAGGCAGAGAUGAAGGCCUUGCAAGACAUGAAAGGGCAAAAGAAGCUAGCCCUUCUCGAUGGUCCCCUUCUAGAAGACGUUUAAGCAGAUCUCCUGGACGAAGAAGGUCACGUUCACCCCUCAGACGGAGUAGAUCGCCAAGGAGAAGAAGUCGAUCUCCUCUUAGAAGGUAUAGAAACAGAAGAAGUAGAUCACGUAUGAGGAGGAGAUCACAUUCCCGAGGAGGACGAAGCCGCCGAAGGAGAAGCAGAAGCAAAGAUAAAGAAGAUAAAUUCAAAGGAAGCCUUUCUGAAGGAAUGAAGGUGGAACAGGAAUCUUCAGAUGAUGACCUUGAAGAUUUUGAUGUUGAAGAAGAAGAUGAGGAGGCUCUUAUUGAGCAAAGACGACAGCAGAGGCUAGCUAUCGUAGAAAAAUACCUAAAAGAAGACAGCAAUAUGUCUGUUAACUCAGAGCCGAGCAGUCCACAGAGUAGUGCACGGAGUCGUUCUCCUUCUCCAGAUGAUAUUCUCGAGCGGGUUGCAGCAGAUGUGAAGGAAUAUGAACGAGAGAAUUUGGAUAACUUUGAGGCUUCCGUAAAAGCCAAACACAACCUUAUGACCGAACAGAAUAAUGGUGCUGCACAGAAAAAAAUAUCUGCUCCUGACAUGUUUACAGAAUCUGAUGACAUGUUUGCAGCAUAUUUUGAUAGUGCUCGUUUUAGAGCUGCCGGUAUUGGAAAGGACUUCAAGGAAAAUCCCAACUUGAGAGAUAACUGGACUGAUGCUGAAGGCUAUUACCGUGUUAACAUAGGUGAAAUUUUGGAGAAACGAUAUAAUGUCUAUGGAUAUACUGGACAAGGUGUAUUCAGUAAUGUUGUGCGUGCUCGAGACAUGGCAAGAGCUAGUCAAGAGGUUGCAGUUAAAAUCAUUAGAAACAAUGAAUUAAUGCAAAAAACUGGUUUAAAAGAAUUGGAGUUUCUGAAGAAGCUGAAUGAUGCUGACCCAGAUGACAAAUUUCACUGCUUGCGUUUGUUUCGUCACUUUUACCAUAAGCAGCACUUGUGUCUGGUGUUUGAACCACUAAGUAUGAACCUGAGAGAAGUUUUGAAGAAGUAUGGUAAAGAUGUAGGCUUACAUAUCAAAGCUGUCAGGUCGUACAGUCAGCAGCUCUUUUUGGCUUUAAAGCUUCUGAAAAGAUGCAACAUACUUCAUGCUGAUAUUAAACCUGAUAACAUACUGGUGAACGAGUCUAAAACCAUUCUUAAACUUUGUGACUUUGGCUCUGCAUCACAUGUGGCAGACAACGAUAUUACACCAUAUCUUGUUAGUAGAUUUUACAGAGCUCCUGAAAUCAUAAUUGGUAAAAUUUAUGAUUAUGGAAUAGACAUGUGGUCUGUUGGUUGUACAUUAUAUGAACUGUACACUGGAAAAAUCUUGUUUCCUGGAAAAACUAAUAACCACAUGCUAAAAUUAGCAAUGGACCUAAAAGGAAAAAUGCCAAACAAGAUGAUUCGAAAAGGCGUGUUUAAGGACCAACACUUCGAUUCAAAUUUGAAUUUCAUGUACAUUGAAGUUGACAAAGUCACAGAAAGGGAGAAAGUUACUGUCAUGAGCACUAUUAACCCAACAAAGGACCUGUUGGCCGAUUUAAUUGGAUGCCAGAGGCUACCAGAAGAGCAGCGUAAAAAAGUUCACCAGCUAAAAGACUUAUUAGAUCAGAUACUGAUGCUGGACCCGGCAAAGCGAAUAAGCAUCAAUCAAGCACUUCAGCAUCCUUUCAUUCAGGAAAAGAUCUAAAUGUGGGAAAUGGUUUGAAAAGUUCACACCCGGACUGAAGACCUUCCACAGCAGCUUGUUAAUGUAUAUAAACAUAUAAAUAUUUCCCUUGCAAAGUUGAGGAAGCUUGUAUUGUUUGAAUUAAAACCAAGGGUUUAUUUUACUUAUUUUUUUCUCUAUGAACUGUAUAAAUAAUUGUGAUAUCUGUACUUUUUCACCAUAGAAAUGCUUGUAUUUGUCAGAACUGUAUACUCUAAUACAGUUGGCUUUGAAGCUUAUGUUUGUGAAAAAUCCACUUGCAAUUUAAUGUUUGGAUGUAAGAUUUUAUUUUUAGCAGUCACGGCUCAUUUAUUUUUUAUUUUUUUUAUUUAGUUUUGAACGAAUACAUGACCAGCAUAAAUGCUGUUUAUAUUCACAUUUUCCUAGGUUGCGUGCGCAGGCCUCAGCAGCAUGCCCUUGGUCUAGUCAGUGCCGAAAGGAGGCCUAUUCCUUCUUGAGCCUGCCUGCAGGGAUGGUCUCUUCUUUUAAAGCAGGUUGUGUACAACUUACAGUGCACUGAAGGUAAGCUAAACCAUCAAACAUCACUGGUUUUUUAAGAUGUCAUUUAGAUAUAAUGUCAUUUGACAGACAAAUUUGGUAGCAAAAUGUGGCACCAUUCUGCUCCUGCAUGUUUCACAAAUGGCCUACUGUUUGUUCUUUUGUAAUCUUUUAAGUUGGACAAUAUUUGUGGUAUCUCAAAUCAAAGUUUCUCUCCAUUUGUUUUUAGUGGAGCUUGUGCACUUGAUGGGGUGUGCCUUCAGUGUACUGUUUCUUAAUCGUUUUCUGUUUUGUAUGAAUCAGUUUUUUUUUUUCCCCUUUUAAAUCCAUUAACUUACAACAAAAAUCUGCAAUGUCCACAUAGUUACAGUUACAUUUCAGACGUUUAAAGAUGUAGGGGCUAUCUUUUAGCAGUUUUAAGCAUUCAAAACCUUUUGACAGCACUAUACAGAGGUUAGAGAGGGGAGUGUACGGACACCUUGCACUUUGGUCAAGCAAACUGCAUGACCAAGAAAAAACGUCUCUAGAUGUCCCAUGUGCAGAGAUGGCAAGUGCUCGAGAUUUGUUCCCAGAUAUCUCUGUUUUGUAUCAGACAAUAGCUUGAACUGUCAAUCACAGCUGAGAGGAGGUGCUGGAGAAACACUCAAUACAACAAGCUCUGGGCACCUUACGCAAAGAGCCAGUCUCAUGAGCACUUAAAGGGGUACUCCGCCCCUAGACAUCUUAUCCCCUAUCCAAAGGAUAGGGGAUAAGAUGUCAGAUCGCCGCUGUCCAGCUGCUGGGGACCCCGGGGAUCGCUGCUGCAGCACCCCGCUAUCAUUACUGCACAGAGCAAGAUCGCUCUGCACAUAAUGACGGGCAAUACAGGGGCCGGAGCAGCGUGACGUCAUGGCUCUGCCCCUCAUGACAUCACGGCCCGUCCCCUUAAUGCAAGUCUAUGGUAGGGGGCGUGACGACCGCGGAGGGGCGGAGCCGUGACGUAACGAUGCUCCGGCCCCUGUAUUGCCCGUCAUUAUGUGCAGAGCGAUCUUGCUCUGCGCAGUAAUGAUAGCGGGGUGCUGCAGCAGCGGGACCCCGGCGAUCUGACAUCUUAUCCCCUAUCCCCUAUGUCUUGAUGCAGCAGCCAAAACAUCAAGACAUUUUCACAGUUGUGAUUUGUGUGACCAAAACACAAGGUAUCAUGACAGUCCCCUCCCUGUCCUCUGUAUAAUGCUGUCCGUUUUGAGCCCUUAAAAUUCUGUCUGUUAAAAUUCACUCAUGUGUAUCCCUUAACAGCGCAAAAGGGACAUGUCUUUUCUGACCAAGGGCAUGUAACAAGAAGCUCCCUUUUAUGCUGUUGGUAGGUUCUGAUUAAAAUAAUAAUUUUUUGUUUGUUUCAUUGUUCAUGAUCAUGUUGUCUUUCAAUACAGGCAUAAACUCUCCACUCUUGAGCAAAGCAGCUGCUUUUUAUAAGCGGUAAUUGCUUCUUUACCUUUUUAUUUCUCUUGUAAAUGAAUCUGUUUGUUACAAAAUGUCUACAUGAUGUUCCUUUUGAAUAAACCAUUGAGACUCACUUAUUGUCAAGUGACAGAUGUUCUACUGCAUGUUCAGUGACUCAUGCAGAUAUCUGUAUGUUUUCAGUAUGCAUCCUUAGAUAAUAAAGUCUUUUGUGAACAAGGUUAUCUGUAGCCAUUUCUAAAGCAUUCAUUUUGGAUCAUAGCUGAUAAAUUGGGUAGUACCACUUCUAGUUGAUCCAUUUAUUUCAGUAGUAGACUGUGGUUUAUUGUUAUGUAUGCUGUAUUUGGAGAAAGAGGCUACUGAUGAGUAGAUUCCCAUGGCUCUUGACUUUUACAAUACCAAAUAAAUUUGUAAUGCCCAUA